AUGUCUCUCUCCCCCUGCAGACGUUGUAGAAGCACAGAUCAACCAAACCAUGAAGAUGCUUGUGUGCAUUUAUCUACAGAAGAGAAGCUUGCUGCAGAAGAGAGUCUUACAGUUUAUUGCAUGCCUGUAGCAUUCUACAACAAUCUUAGACUACGUGCAAUAGAAAAUCCAUUAUUUCUUCAGAGAUGUCUACUCUACAAGAGAGAGGCCAAGCACAAUAAAAGAAUAGAAAUGACAGUUUCACUAUCACAGAGUGAUGAAGUAAAAAAGACCUUUCUUCCUUUAUAUCUCGGUCUUGCAAGGCGGGAUAGUAAUAAUGAAGAUGCACAGUAUUCUUCUGUUCAUCACGUCAGUAAGAUAUUCACCUUUCGGGAUUCCUCUAGCAAUGAUGGGAGCGCCCAAAUCCAAGCAAACUUUACGCUCCCUGCAAUUAAUAAGUUAGCUGAGAAGGCUAGAUCUGGCUCUAUAGAUAUCUUGCUUUUCACCAAUGCUGCAGUGGGAAACCCAAAUUCAUCAUCUGGGGUCAAUUCAAGCGUGGUGCCUUUUGAUCCGACUUCUAGCAAAUCUGCAGUGGGAAACCCAAAUUCAUCAUCUGGGGUCAAUUCAAGCGUGGUGCCUUCUGAUCCAAUUUCUAGCGAAAUUGCAGUGGGAAACCCAAAUUCAUCAUCUGGGGUCAAUUCAAGCGUGGUGCCUUCUGAUCCGACUUCUAACGAAUCUGCAACGGGAAACCCAAAUUCAUCAUCUGGGGUCAAUUCAAGCGUGGUGCCUUUUGAUCCGACUUCUAGCGAAUCAAGUGAUGAGCAACACUGCUUAGGUGGGACAUUAUCUUUAGAAUUUCUUUAUGCAUGUUGGGAUAGUCUUUCAAAUUUUAGUCUGGGAGAGCGAGUUGAAAUUAUGCCUACUGUUGAUUUGCUUCCAUGUGUUGUGAAGCGUGAUUUUCUAUCUGCACACUGGACCAUCUCAAUGCAAGAUCACUGCAGUUUUGGGAAAGAGAGUACAUCAAAGAAGGUCCAACUCACAAUUUCUGCGGAAGACUUUGGGGCUAAGUUGAAAGCUCCCUACUUUAGUUAUGCAAGCAGUUCUGUGUGGUGGUCAUCAUAUAUGUCGCGCCUCAUUCGGUUGAGGGAAGGACAGGUCAUGUUUAAUUACAGGUAUUACCAUAAUAAGUUGCAGAUAACUGAAGCCACUGAAAAUUUUGUCUGUCCAUUCUGCUUGGUUAGUUGUGCAAGCUAUAAGGGUCUAAGAGAUCACUUGCCCGCAUCUCAUGAUCUUUUCAACUUUGAAUUUUUGGGACCGGAGGAUUUUCAGGCUGUGAAUGUGUCUUUGAAAUCUGAUAGCUGGAGAUUUGGGAUUGUUGCAGAAGGUAUUAAUCCAAAAUUACAAACUUUUUUCUAUUGUGGCAAGACAUUUAAGCGUAGAGGUUCAGAGAAUGCAUCUUUUGAAAAUGCAAAUUAUGUGGACCCUCUGGUCUUGGAGUCUGAAAUUCCAGCAAGAGAUACUGAUGAGCCUUUGGAGAACGCUGAUGGUAAUCCUGAUGGGGUUUCAAAUGCAAGUAUUGUUGUAUCCAAUACUGAUCCAGAUUAUGUCCCAUUAAUACCUGAGUAUGAAGUCCCACCAAUGCCCGAGUAUGAAGUCCCAUCAAUACCCAAGUACGAAGUACCAUCAAUACCCGAGUACGAAGUCCCAUCAAUACCUGAGCACGAUCCUGGGACUCCUGCAGCGUUACAGGUUUCCAAGAAAGGGAAGUUACCUGUUGAGCCUUCUGACUCACGAAGCCUUGGACGGUUGAUGGAUCGACCGUUUUUUCACUCUCACAAAGCCCAGCCAAUGGAUAUUGGAGUGGUUCUAGCGGAUGAAGAUAGUGAGGAUGAGGUCGAAGAUGAUGUUAGAGACGCUGAAGGGCAAAAAAUGUUAGAUAAUUUUGAUCUAAGCACAGAGGAGAAGACAUUCAUGCAAAUGUGGAACACAUUUGUUCGGCAGCAAAAGGUGCGGGCAGACGGUCACAUUCCGUGGGCAUACGAGGCUUUCUCAAAAUCCAAUGCUGACAAGCUUGUUCAAUCCCCGAAAUUAGAAUGGCGUUGGAGAUUGUUUAUGAUCAAACUGUGGAAUCAUGGUCUUCUAGAUGGACAUACCAUGAAUAAAUGUAGUAUUAUUCUUGAAGAAUACAGGAAGCAGAAUUCAGACCCCAAAAGCUAAAGAAAAUUCAGUUUUUUUAAUCCUUUCAAAAUAGAAAAAAAAAAAACUGAGGACACAGAAAAUGAUUUCUUUACAGUUACAGGGUGCAUAUUGCUGUCACCAUUUUGCGGAAGCUUCUUCAUUUUAAAGUUAUACCUUAAACUUUUUAUUACCUGGAGUUUGAACCAAGUAUUU